CAGUCAUGGCAGGCGAUGCCAUCAUGGUGAUGAGAGGCCUGACAAAGCUCAGCAAGGCUAUCCUGGAAACACAGGCAGGGCAGCUCCGGGACGUGCUCCUUGGGGGUGAUGCAGUUACCAUCAUAAAGGGCUUGCAGACUGCUGCCGAAGAACGGUUCAGUUCUGCCUUGGGGAAGAUGCAGGAACUAGGCAGGCAGCAGGAGAACUUAACUGAUCUCACUGAUGAUUUUGGGAAAGACUAUGACUUCUCAGCACAAGAGCCAUCAAAUGCUUCAAUGGACUUCUCUGUUCCCCCCAGCAAGCACCAUGAACACAGUGGUGAGGGCCCUGCUCAUUCUUACACUACAAAUGGACUUUUUAGAAAUGUUGCUGAGACUGGAGAUUCAGGCCUGGGACAGAAGACUUUCCCUGGCAAAAUGGAUGCAAGGUUAUUUGGAGGCUUUAGGGACCCUGGAAAUCCUUUUGCUGCUGCCUUUGGACAAAAGAGAGCUUUCCACCAAGACCAUUCUUCAGUUGGUGGACUGACAGCUGAAGAUAUUGAUAAAGCCAGACAAGCCAAAACUGGUUCAGAGCAGAAACCUUACAAACAGAUGCUCAGUGAACGGGCCCGAGAGCGCAAAGUUCCUGUCACACGGUUCGGAAGACUCGCCAACUUUGGAGGACUAGCUGUUGGUCUUGGCAUUGGGGCACUGGCAGAAGUUGCAAAGAAGAGCCUUAGACCUGAAGAACGUACUGGAAAGAAAGCGGUGAUGGAUUCCAGCCCAUUCCUGUCAGAGGCCAAUGCAGAAAGAAUUGUGAGAACUUUGUGCAAGGUCCGGGGAGCAGCGCUGAAACUGGGACAGAUGUUAAGUAUUCAAGACGAUGCCUUCAUCAACCCUCAUCUCCAGAGGAUUUUUGAGCGUGUACGUCAGAGUGCUGACUUCAUGCCUAUAAAGCAGAUGAUGAAAACCCUGAACAAUGACCUUGGCCCCAACUGGAGAGAUAAGCUGGGGUCCUUUGAAGAGCGUCCCUUUGCUGCUGCGUCCAUUGGCCAGGUUCACCUGGCACGCUUGAAAAAUGGGAAAGAAGUUGCCAUGAAAAUCCAGUACCCUGGAGUUGCCCAGAGCAUCAACAGCGAUGUUAACAACCUGAUGACUGUCCUGAGUAUGAGCAAUGUUCUCCCUGAAGGUUUGUUCCCAGAGCAUUUGAUUGAAGUUCUGAGCAGAGAGCUAGCCCUGGAGUGUGAUUACCAGAGAGAAGCUGCCUGUGCGAGGAAAUUCCAGGAGCUGCUGAAAGACCACCCAUUCUUUUAUGUCCCAAGAGUAGUGGAUGAGCUAUGCAGCCAACAUGUCCUCACCACAGAGCUGGUGUCCGGCUUCCCAUUGGAUCAAGCUGUAGGACUGAGCCAAGAGAUCCGCAAUGAGAUCUGCCACAACAUCCUGGUCCUGUGUCUGCGGGAGCUGUUUGAGUUCCGGUACAUGCAGACUGACCCAAACUGGUCUAACUUCUUCUAUGACCCACAGUUGCAUAAGGUGGCCCUGUUGGACUUUGGAGCGACACGAGGCUUUGAUGAGAAGUUCACAGAUGUAUACAUUGAGGUAAUCAAGGCAGCUGCUGACAUGGAUAGAGAAAGAGUGCUGAAGAAGUCAAUUGAGAUGAAAUUCCUCACUGGCUAUGAAGUCAAGGAAAUGGAAGACGCCCACUUAAAUGCUGUCCUCAUCCUGGGAGAGGCUUUUGCUUCCGAGGAACCUUUUGAUUUUGGCAACCAAAGCACCACUGAAAAGAUCCAUGGCUUAAUCCCAGUCAUGCUGAAGCAUCGGCUUGUCCCUCCGCCCGAGGAGACCUACUCUCUUCACCGGAAGAUGGGGGGUUCUUUCCUUAUCUGUACCAAACUGAAGGCCAAAAUCCCCUGCAAAAAGAUGUUCCAAGAGGCAUAUAGCAAAUACUGGAGCAGCAGGGGCAAGAAGCCGGAGGAGUAGUAAGCGUGACUGAACACAUCGUGUUGUGAGGGCACAGUCCAGCUGAGCCAGGAGCACCGUAGCCGCCCGCGUGUUGCACCCAGCUCUCCAUCCUCCUGCGCUGCAGCAGCCUGUGCCCUGGGAGCUGAGCACCUUUCGCCAGGACAAAGUUGUUCUCUCGUGCUGGGUCUCUGCUACGCUCAGCCUUCCAGCGCAGUGCCCGGCUUGCAGG